GAGAAGCAGCAGCGAGACAACAAGCAGAGCAGAGAAGUGGACAUUACACACACACACACACUCACACACACACACACAGCCUUCUGCUACAACUACAGCAGCGAAUCCAGGACGGACUUCAUACAGUUUAUUCCAACAGCAGAGAGAAGCGGGAAAAGUUUGGAGAAAUGCAGUCAGUGUACCAGCACCUGAUCAGCCUGCUGUUUGUGUUCAGCAGUCUGCACGUUCACCAGCUGACAGAGGGCUGCUCGUGCGCUCUGACGCACCCGCAAGACGCCUUCUGCAACUCCGACAUCGUGAUUCGAGCAAAAGUGGUCGGCAAGAAGCUCCUGAGAGAUGGGCCCUUUGGAACGAUGCGCUACACAGUCAAGCAAAUGAAGAUGUACAAAGGAUUCGACAAGGUCCAGCACGUGCAGCACAUUUACACAGACGCCUCAGAGAGUCUGUGUGGUGUCAAGUUUGAAAUCAACAAGUACCAGUAUCUGAUCACAGGUCGAGUUUAUGAUGACAAGGUCUACACAGGUCUGUGCAACUUCAAUGAGCGGUGGGAACGUCUCUCAUUGGCCCAGAAAAAAGGCAUCAACCAUCGUUACCAACUGGGCUGCGCUUGCAGGAUUAAGCCCUGCCACUAUCUGCCCUGCUUCGUGACCUCAAAGAACGAGUGCCUAUGGACGGACAUGCUGUCCCACUUCGGCUAUCCCGGCUACCAGUCCCGGCACUACGCCUGCAUCCAGCAGAAGGAAGGCUACUGCAGCUGGUACCGGGGCAUGACCGCACGCGACAAAACCACCAUCAACGCCACUGACCCCUGAACCCAAAAUCACAUCGCCCCAAAAAAAUCCACUGCCACCUCCCUGUAUCCGUCCCGUCCUUUCAGUUCUAGAGAAUUACAGGACUCUUAAAGCUCACUGGCCUGAGUGUCAGCCUCUUUUAAAGGGGUUUUAAAAAGAGAAAAGAAUAAAUCCAUUACAGUGCCUGUUUUGUAGCACUUCUGAUUGAAAAACAAUACCUUUUUUUUGUUGUGCACAUUGCCCUGUCGAACUUUAAUAACGACUUCCCGUACCAAGUAGCCCUUCAAUUUAAAAGUCUCUUAAGAGAUAUUUGAAGAACUGUCUAAAUUAUAGAAAUAACGUCACUGUGUUUCUUUAGUCAAAGACGAGCAGUGACUGGUACAUAAUUAAAAUGAUCAAGCAUCAUAAGGGUAAAUUAGCCACCAGCAGUUAGCUUAUUGCUGACCUAGUAUUACUAUAUUUUUGUACAUAAAGGUAGGUUUAGCUUCUCACAAGUAAAGGUCAUUCAUUCAUUUCAUUUAAACAGUUCAAACAAUUAUCACUCUGUAAAUUUGAGAUUUAAAGGAGCCACAUUAUUGCUUGUGAACUGCACAUGCUAGCGUUAGCCUCAGUUCUGCACAUUAGCAAAACAGACCACAGGCAAGGAACUUUUCUACAAUACUGAUCGAGUGCCAAUGAGAGGUUUUAUCCCUGACAGUUACACCUCUUAUUCUGGCUAGAAUCUUUUUUUGUUUUUUUUGAAAAUGGUAUUGUUUUACAGUGAAGUACACAUUGAUUAUGUUGACGGUUUAUACUGUUUGCGUUUCUAUGAAUGCUAGCAUCUCUGCUUACCUGAAUGUUUGCAAAUGUAACUCGUUUUGCAGUUAUAUGACAAACGGCGCCCUCUCUAUUGAGCACUGAUGAAUAUCUUAAAAUAUGUCUGUGUUACAGUGCCAACGCAGGGGAGAGCUCACUUCUUGCAGAGAUGAUUUUUAUUUUAUUUUUUUGCUGUAUAUAACGUAAGCUACAGAAAUGAACUAUCAACUCAGCUGAAACCUCUGUAAUACUUUUAUUUAUAUGUUUAAUGGAAUUCACGUUUACCAUGUGGUGUGUCUGCAAAAAACAAAACAAAAAAUAUAUAUUAUAUAACAUCCAGUCAGAAGACAACCACCACAGCCUGUGCAACCAUCCACAAUGAAGGACCAGUAUAUCCAAUGGUAUGGUACUUAUGGUACUUUUUGAUUGGCUUGGUCAUAUUAGUUCCCCUGGCUGGUACUCUUCACACGCAUCAAGCAUAGACAGAGGUUUCAGACAAUGAGAUAUUUUGUAAGUGUAUAUUCAAACUUUUUGUAUUUAACUAUUGCAAAUGGACAUAUUAUAUAUAUAAAUGAAAGUAACAAUAUUGUCACUAAAUUCAUUCUUCUUCACCUGUUCCAUCCAGGGUUUUUUUGUUAUCUCUUCCCAGUGCCGUACCUUCAGUCCAUUCCAUUUGUAGACACAGACUUGCCUCAAAAGGGGGUAACGGCUCCUCCAUCAUGAAAAACUAAAUCAAUACUGUACUGCUAACCAAAGCAGCAUUAACCUUCCAAGGGCGCAUUUUGCAUCACAGCAGCAUGUCGAAGGCUGUCCUUUUAUUUAUUUAUUUUUGUAAGACUAAAGACUUAGAAAACAACACAUGAAAAUCUAUUACAAUUAGUAGAGGCCAGAUAAUAGAACAUGCUAAUGUUUCACAUGUUAGUAGUUAACAACUUUUAAAACAAAUUAAGGUUACGGAAAGCGGUCCCAUUUUGAAGGCUCCUUCAAUAUGGGGCCUACAAAUGUGUCCUAGCUUGCGGUACAAAUGUUAAAAACUAAAGGGGCCUUGACACUUUGGAUAUGUUAGCUAAUCUCAGUGCAGCUGUCGAGGUAGCUAGGCAACAGGAGUUUGGUAACAUAAGGGUAGGGUUGGAACCGCUGGUGAUGCAAACAACAAAACCCUCUUUAGACAAACCAUCUCAGUUCAGUUUGGCAUGAGUGCUCUCGAGGGCUAUAGAUUAUAGGUCCUUCAAAGUACACAACCCCUGAAUUGGGACACAGCUUGUUUACUAAUUAAGACGCUAGCAUACAGCCUUUUAGCUUAGCCUACCUGGUUCUGCUCGCAAGUAAUGAAAUCUGCCUAACAGAAUCCUAAAGCUAACUUGUUUUCAAACCAAACCAACACCAUUAAAAAGUAGAUUUGGUAUUCUUGGCCAGGUUUUUAAACACUUUUUGAGAGAGUUAACCUAAAAACGUACAACAGCCAAGCCAAUGUAGCUGUUUCCAGUCUUUUAUGCUAAGCUAAGACUAGCUAAGGCUUCUGUAGUUGCAUAUUUAAUUGACACACAUGAGAAAUGGUACCAGAAUUCUCACGUGUCUGAGCUUAUUUCUUAGAAUAUCAAUGAAAUGUUAGAAGUAUCACCCUGUCAAAUUGACAUGAAAUGAUAAGGCAUAAUAUUUUUAUUUUUAGAGGCUAUCAGACAGGUUACUGAGCAUCAAGGGAAAGUUUUUCAAGGGUUUUUAAAUGUGAUGAAGGGGCCCUUUCCUCCAGUUGUGGCAUCUCUGUGUCAUUAUUUCUGUGGUUCCUGAUUGUGUAAAUAUACUGUCUGCUUAACACAGAAACAGUCAAGUUUGAUCCUUUAAGAGAAAUUCAAUCGAGGAAGCUGUGUACAGUCUGUGUGUGAACACUGAUUCCUGACGUUCGUGGGGGGAUGUUUCCUUGUAGGGGUUAUAGAAAUGUUUGACUUAAUUUCUGUGUUUUAUAUUUUUAUAAUAAAGAGUUAAUGAAAAACUGGC